UUUCCCGGCACCGUCCUCCGCAAUCUAGUUCCUGCUUUAGCCAGGCCUUCGAUUUUAACAGUGGCUACUAUGGUACGAUGCAGCUCGACUGCAGAUCAUUGCCCUAUCACGUCUUCUCUCUGGGGAACCGGGCGGACAACGAGAUAUCUUGGCUUCGCCGGUUGCCACAGCACGAUGCCAUUUAUUAAUCGAUCCAGAUCCCAUUCCUCAGUAGGCCUGCGUUCCAUGCCUCACUAGGUCUUGGAUGCUUGGCCUGUGACCCCCAAGAUGCCGUCCUUCCCACGUAUUGCAACUGCUGUCCUAGCUGCUGCUGCCACUUUCCGAAGCUGCAUUGCCCAAGAUCCAGUUCCAUAUACAGACCCAGAUACGGGAAUUGAGUUUGGAACAUGGGAACAAGGCGAUAUUACGUUUGGUCUGGCACUACCUGAGGAUGCCUUAACGAAGGAUGCCACCGAAUACAUCGGUAUAUUGCGAUGCUCCACGGGGUGGUGCGGUUUAUCCCAUGGAGAGUCCGGUCAGAUGACACAGGCCUUGCUGCUUGUUGCCUGGCCCUACGAAGGCCAAGUCCUGACGUCCUUCCGAUUCGCCUCCGGGUACAGCUUUCCCGGUGUCUACACCGGAGACGCGACGCUGACCCAGAUCUCGUCGAAAGUGGACGCAAAUGGGUUCGAGGUCAUCUACCGAUGCCAAAACUGCUUCUCCUGGGACCAGAGCGGCAGUACCGGCAGCGUGAAGACCAGCGAAGGACUGCUCGUCAUGGGACGAGCCUCGGCGAAGACUGUCCCCAGCAACCCUCAAUGCCCCGCCGAUAUUCGGUUCGGACAGCAUGAAGCCUUUGGCCAGUUUGGCGCUCCCCUGACCGGGAUCGGCAAGGCCAAGUAUCCAGAAUGGGCAGAGUUGGCAACGAAGACCGUCCCCGGCGACUGCGGCACGCCCGACGAUCCCGGCACCCCUCCAGCAAACCCUGCCCCCGUUUGCGACGCGGCCAUGGCAAAUCAGACGUUCGACUACGUUAUCGUGGGUGCUGGGGCCGGAGGUAUCCCCAUCGCGGAUCGAUUGAGUGAGAAAGGUCACAGCGUGUUGCUCAUCGAGAAGGGGCCGCCAUCGGCAGGAUUGUGGGGAGGAUCCAUGAAGCCGCUGUGGCUGGAGAAGACAGAUCUCACACGUUUUGACGUUCCGGGUCUCUGCAACCAGAUUUGGGUCGAUUCAGACGGUGUCGCUUGCUUAGAUACCGAUCAGAUGGCUGGAUGUGUUCUUGGUGGAGGCACAGCCGUGAAUGCUGGUUUAUGGUGGAAGGCAAACCCGAAGGACUGGGACGAGAACUUCCCCGAUGGAUGGAAAAACUCGGACCUCAAAUCAGCGACAGACAGAACAUUCAGACGCAUACCCGGAACUACGAGGCCUUCCCAGGAUGGCGAGUUGUACAUGCACCAAGGAUUCGACGUCAUCUCCAGCGGUCUGCAAAAGGCUGGGUGGAAGAACAUACCGAUCCCGAACGACGCCCCUACUCAGAAGAACCACACGUUCGGCGCUACGACGUACAUGUUCUCCAACGGUGAAAGAGGCGGUCCGAUGGCCACGUACUUGGUCACGGCAGCCAAGCGUGACAACUUCGCGCUGUGGAUGAACACCCCUGUGCGAAGAGCUCUCCGAACAGGUGGACAUGUCACCGGAGUCGAGCUGGAUUGCACAGUUGAGGGAGGCGGGUAUGGCGUCGUUAGCGUCACCCCUGACACCGGUCGAGUCAUCGUUUCGGCAGGCACUUUUGGCUCAGCCAAGUUCUUAUUGCGAAGUGGCAUUGGCCCAGCGGAUCAACUCGAAGUAGUCGCCGCUUCGACAUCCGAUGGAAAAUCAUUCAUUGAGAAGGAAUCCUGGAUUAACCUGCCAGUUGGCUAUAACUUGAUGGACCACGUUAAUACCGAUACCUACUUCACCCACCCCGACGUGGUGUUCUACGACUUCUACGAAGCAUGGACCACACCUAUUGCCGAUGACAAGCAGAAGUACCUAGUGAACCGCACUGGCAUCCUCGCCCAAGCUGCCCCUAAUAUCGGCCCUGUGUUCUGGGAUGAAAUCGAGGGUGCGGACGGAGUAGUACGACAGCUCCAGUGGACAGCCCGAGUAGAGGGUGCAGACCUGACCAACAGCACGAACACCAUGAUAAUGAGCCAGUACCUCGGCCGGGGCCAGACAUCCCGCGGCCGCAUGACCAUCAACCCCGGCCUAACGACCGUCGUCACGACGCCGCCGUACCUCCGCGACGAGAACGACAAAGCCGCCGUCAUCAAGGGCAUCGAGAACCUGCGCAGCGCGCUCGGCAGCGUCAAGGACCUCGAGUUCCGCCUCCCGGCCUCCAACCAGACCACGACCUCGUACGUCGACGCCAUCGAGGUGACGGCCGCCAAGCGCCGGUCGAACCACUGGAUGGGCACCGCCAAGCUCGGCCCCGACGACGGGCGCCAAGAAAACGGCACCGCGGUCGUCGACCUCGACACGAAGGUGUACGGGACGGACAACCUGUUCGUCGUGGACGGGUCCAUCUUCCCGGGCAUGGUGACGGGCAACCCCUCGGCGAUGAUCGUGACCGCCGCCGAGUACGCCGCCGAGAAGAUCCUGGCUCUCGAGCCCAAGGUCGCUGAGAAGAUACCCAAGAACACGGGCGCGCAGAUCCUUACGUUGGGGUAAAGGGGUAGGUAUGUAGGUAAAAGGUUUUAAAAAAAAAAAGAAAAUCGAGAAAAACGAAUAUAGUUGCAGUAAGCCUCGGGGAUGUUUGUGUUGUUGAGUAUAGCGUAGUUGGGACCCGUUGGUUUUGCAAAAGGCUCUUGUAUAUACGUCUCUGUUUCAUGAGUGUGUCUUU